AUUCAACUUGACUGAAGCACAAGAUCCUGAUAGAUUUUGACAGGGUGGAUAUGGAGACGAUGUUUACUCUUGUGGGAGAAUCUAGAACCAGAGCAUUACCCUGCUAGUCAGCAGCCAGGGUCGAGUUGGUUCAGACCUGGCGUGGGCUGAGGCUGCCACCUGGGCUUGAGCUAAGGAGACGGGUCAGGUGAAUCUGAUACAGCAUGACGCAGCCAGUAAAUGUUAGCGACCUGGUUCCACUGCUGGAGUCCACAGACCUGCAGGUUCUCGAGGAAGUCAAGGGGAUUGUCACUGACCACCUCCGCUCAGACCGUGGCCCCUUGCUGCUGAAUGCUUUGGUGGAUCAUUAUUUGGAAAACAAUUCUGUGUUAGCUGUACAGAUUCUUUCAGCAGUACAGGAGCCCCAUGAUAAGCAUCUUCUGGAUCGACUGAAUGAGUGCAUGGGAAAAGCAGCCACUCGACUCUCUGCCGUGACCUUGCUGGGUCACGUCAUCCGACGUGAGCCAACAUGGAUUCAUAAACUCUUUCGUGCACCUUUGCUGGUUUCACUACUCAAGUGUCUGAAGACAGAGACUGAAGUUGUUGUCCUCACUAGCGGACUCCUUGUGUUAGUCAUCCUCCUGCCCAUGAUCCCACAAGCUGGGAAGCAAUAUCUCCUCGAUUUCUUUGAAAUCUUUGGCCGAUUGGCUGCUUGGAGCCUACAAAAGCCAGGCCAAUUGCCAGAAGUGUAUCUGAUCCACCUACACGCCAGUGUUUAUGCAUUAUUUCACCGUCUCUAUGGAAUGUACCCGUGCAAUUUUGUGUCCUACCUCCGCUCCCACUACAGUAUGAAGGAAAACAUGGAAACGUUUGAGGAGGUGGUAAAGCCAAUGCUGGAACAUGUGCGAAUCCACCCCGAGCUAGUGACUGGAACCAAGGACCAUGAACUGGACCCCAUUAAGUGGAAGCGAUUUGAAACUCAUGACAUUGUCAUAGAAUGUGCCAAAGUUUCCCUGGACCCAAAGGAGGCUUCAUGUGAGGAGGGUUACACGGUUAUGCCUAAACAUUUCUCUACACAUACUCAGCAUAAGCACGCUGACCACAGCUGUAGUCCAUUUUCAGAUUCUCAGAGUAGCUUUGGUAGUGCGUCAUCAACGUACACGCCCCGGGUCCCCUUCUCCAAUCUCCCAGGGUCCCAGCCUCGUUACAAGACACCACCAACCUUGCAACGCCUCCCUGCAGAUGGGAUCCAGGACACACUGUGGAGUCCAUCUUCAGCGUGUGGCCUGUCUACACCUCCAUCCUCAAGAGGACUUUCUCCCAGCCCAUUUGAAAGUGCCUCCUGCCUACACAGAGUUCACAGUACACCGGUUGGUGGAAAAGGAUCAUCUACUGAAGCACCCACUCUCUCCCCUCCCCCUCCAUGUCCUGCAGAUGAACUCAUGCACAGUUCAUUUUCAACAGCACUGCCAAGAAAGGAUGGUAAACUGGAGAGUGGAAAGCCAUUAAUCAAACAGCGGCAUGUGACUAGUGAUAAAGGAGCCGCUGACAGCCCAGGUGGUGAGUGGAAUGCCUGCUUUGUCCAUAUUCUGAGUCGAUUGAGGUGCUCUGCCCCUCCUCAAAGUUUAGAGAAUGAGAGUAUCAAAACUGUAUCUUUAAAAGAGCUACCGGAGGUUAUAAAGGGGUUGAAUCUACAGCCGGAUGGAACAGAAAAGGAGAAUGAAGAAGCUGCUAUUGCUGAUGAACUUUCUGAAAUUACACCCAUGGAUCUCCAGUCCCUGGUUACUCGAGGAGGAUUCGACUCGCCAUUUCAACACAGGACUGAAACACUCACUGGCCCUCAAACGAAACGUGAGCAGGAAUCUUACUCUUCAGCCACUGAGCAGGGACUGUGCCCUGAGCCCCAGCAAGCCCCAUCUUCAACUUGCAAAGCGUCAGACCAUCACAGACGAGAACAAUGUCCUAUCAAACAGGGGUUCAUGCCCAUUGAGAAGCCAAGUGAGAAUUGCUCUGGAAGCCCAGUCAAACAGGAGAUGCUCAAAACAGGGUCGACAUCAUCGGAUGCUUUUACACCUGGCCCUCUGUUAAAAGUCCAGGCACUGAGGCAUCCUCCACUUGGUAGUGGUCAUCCCCUCCCGUACGAACACCUCUUCGAUUUGGCCUUGCCCAAGACCGCCAGUCUCUUCAUCAAACAGAAGACCUCUGAGCUGCAAAAGGUAGCAGCUGAGCACUCGGAGGACCCAAUGUCGCAGUCACCUGCACCAAUCUCGCCCCUCGAUGUGCUGGAUAAGCUAAUUCAGCAUGGGGGAGAUGCACACGUGAAGGAGCUUAGCAGAGUUUGUCCCGUGCAGCAUGAGCCCCAAAGUCAAAGAAAAACGGUCAGAUUGCCUUUGCCCAGCAAAUCUGCAGAUUGGACUCACUUUGGAGGUUCUGUCCCCAUGGAUGAGCUACAAAGGCUUAGGAAUCAACUAAUUUUAUUGCACAACCAGCUACUAUACGAACGCUACAAGAGAGAGCAACAUGCUGUUCGGAAUAGGCGUCUGCUGCGUAAAAUUCUCAAAGCAACUGCACUGGAGGAACAAAAUUUAGCUAUGAAGGACCAGCUGAAACUCCAGGAAUUGGACAUUGGAUCUCUCAAGCACAGUUUGUUCAUUGAGCAGAACCAGUAUCGGCUGCUGCGAGAAGAGAAGGAAUCUAUUGUCAAGCAUCUCAACAGCCAGAUCGCUGAGUUACAGAAGGAGCGAGGUGACUAUCGUGCCAGCUGUCAGGAGUUGCAGAAUAAACUACAGGAUUGUCAGAAGAUGAUUGGGGAAUUGAAGCUGGAGCUACAGAAGGCCAAUAACAAAGCCUGUAACACUGCAUAUCUGCUGAACCAGAUGACUGAGAAGUUCACUAGCACACAGUCUGUACAGCAGCAAAUGGAAUGGUUGAACAAGCAGCUACUGCUCCUAAGUGAAGUGAAUGAGCUACAUAUGGAGAAGUUACUGCACUCUCAGAUGGGCUCUGCCAAGGCAGCAGAGGCGGAGAUGCUGCAGAUUUCUUUAGUCCGAGAGAGGGAGAAGAUGAAGCACCGCAUUCAGCAGCAAAACCAGAGAUUGGAGGCAUCGCAGCGCCGCAUAACGGAGCUUGAAAACCAGCUGACAAAGAAAGAGCACCUUUUUCUUGAGCAAAAGAAAUAUCUGGAAAAUGUCAAAAACAUGGCCAGUGGAGAGCUGCAGGCAGCAGAAAGCCGCUAUGAAGCCCAGAAACGGAUAACGCAAACUCUACAAUGUGAAAUCCUGGAACUUUACAGCAAGUUGGAACAGGCAGGACCUCCAGAGAAGCCAGCGGGAGCAGAAAGAACACCUCGGCCUAUAGAGGACAUGUCUGAAAACAUUGGUGCCAUUUCUGACUCUCUUGCUGAGAGUCCAGAUACAGAGAGCACUAGUCACCAAGCGAAGCCCCCUGUGGGCCCCAGCACCUCGACUGACCGGUCUCCCGAAAGAAAGCUACAGCCUGCCUUGAUGGUUGCUGAGCAAGGGGGGCGAGGUCAAAGAGCCCUGAGCCCCAACCUCCUGGAGCAGCCCACCACGCCAGUCACAGUCGGGUCCUACCCCAGCUCCAAGAGUCUCCUUGGGAUGCGUGCCCGCGAGCUGUUCAGGAACAAGAGCGAGAGCCAGUGUGACAACGAGCGGCCCAAGAUGGACAGCCUCUUUGACUCCCUCAAAACAGAGUACAGUGUGGAGCUGGGAGACUCUCUCGGACCCAUGAAACUGCAGGUGUCCAGUCCAGAAAGCGUCAGGCAGCUCAGCAUAAUGGACUAUGACGGAACGCAUCAUGACCAGAAUUAAUGGGGGGGAAUGGGUGGGGAAUUAAAGAAAAGUAGUCAGUAUUAUUCUGAGCAGUUAAUGCCUGCUUUGCUUUGUAAGCAUGUCAUAAGUUUAUAACAAGGUACAAUCCAGUUAAGGGUCAUUUGAUCCCUUCAGUGGAAUGUUUAUAUAUCCCAAGAGGAAAAAAAAAUGCAAAAAAAACUUGACAUCAAAUCCCUGUGUAACUGUGAACAAAUAAGUUGUCUUUCAUGUUUUGCACUACAUUAUGUUGUACGUAUGGUAUGUCUGUAGAUGAUGGCCACCCAGGUAUGACGGAACAUCUGAUUGGAAUCUUUUAUACUCCCUCCCCUUCAAAUGCUUGCUGCUGACCCAAUCGGACUGCUCCUCUUCAGUUGGGCUGGAGGUGUGACCUUAAAGACGUUCAUCGUACAAACUGAUGAAUUCUCUUGCGGUGUUCAAAAGGAAAAAUAUAGGCUGGACCAACUUCCCCACAGGAUCUUUGUAUCAGGACUUUAAAUAAUGAAACAGUGCCGUGAUUUCAAACCUCCUUACUUUUACCCUGACAUUUCCAGUCAUUGCUUCCCAAGCUGUGAUGAUUUAAUCUCUUGAAGAUACUCGCCAGUGGAAAUCAAGCCAGAGACUGGGGGCAGAACUGCUCAUGGAUUUGAGCGAGAGACCCUGACUCACCAUUUGAAGUGAGGAGGUGGUGUUCAGUGUUCUCUUGCCAAAUUUGUCUGUCUUUCAGAGGGUGGGGUGGUCAGUGGAAAGGGGAGGGUUUGUCUGCCUGCUCAGACUCAGUAUUUUUUUUGGGGGGGGUGGGGGUUCAAAGUUGAGUUGAUGAUGAAUAUUGCGCAGUGAUUUAAUAAAGGGCUACCCUCCACACUUG